UUAUCGGAAGUCGACUUACAUAUCCCUAAACCAAACGUCAUAUCUCAAUCACGAAAUUUCUUGAGUUUACAUUUGUUUUAUGCGGUACCGACAAUAAACAGUAAAAAUGAAUGCCCCACCAACAUUCGAAUCCUUUUUGUUAUAUGAAGGAGAGAAAAAAAUUAUCAAAGAAUUGGACACUAAGGUGACAAAUGCCGCCAUAUUCACCGUUAACAAGGAAGACCACACUUUGGGCAAUUUGAUUAGAAAUCAAUUGUUGAAGGACCCCAAUGUUUUGUUUGCCGGUUACAAAGUACCACAUCCUUUGGAACACAAGUUCGUCAUUCGUAUUCAGACCACAGCUGACUAUUCUCCUCACGAAGCUUUCAUGAAUGCAAUAACUGAUUUGUUGGCUGAAUUAUCACUCUUUGAAGAAAGAUUUAAGGAUGCCAUUAAGGAGAAGAAAGAGGGCGGAGAUUAAGGAUUACCUAAACCUAAUAUUAAGAUAAAUACCCAUAUUUAAUUGUAGAAUUAUGAAUAUGUUAAAGUAUAGAAUUGUAUUGUGGACUAAUGGAACGACUAGUAAUUUUUGAUAAUAAAACAGUAAUGGGCAAUACAA